GGGUAGAGGCCAUUGGCCUCGAAGCCUCCGGCUCUCAUCACUCAGGAAGCAACAUAGUAUUCAAGACUUUGGCGCGCGACAGAAAUGUGUCCUUCCGGCACCACGGGACUGGGAUCCUGUCGAUUUCCCUACUCGUUGAUAACAUCUGCCAUUCGUCAAUUACUGUGCUCCAUCUCUGUACAAGUCUGCAAUCAGCAAAUCAUCACCCUCGCUCACUGUACAAUCCUGCAAUUAGCCAAUUAUUACCCUCGCUUACUGCACAAGUCUGCAAUUAGCAAAAUCAUCACCCUUGCUCACUGCGACUCUCUGCCUACCCUCGCUUACUGCGAUUCUCGUUGACAAUAUCUCCCUAUUCGUCAAUCACUGUGCGGCAUCUCUGCAUAGGUCUGCAAUUAGCAAAAUCAUCAUACUCGCUCACUGCGGCUCUCGUUAACAACAUCUCCCCAUUCGUCAAUCACUGUGCGGCAUCUCUGCACAAGUCUGCAAUCAGCAAAAUCA